UAGGCUCGCAAUGUAUUCUGGGAAUUAUUCAAUAUGGCGGACAAAACUGCGAAUACCGCGCGUGAAGACAAAUCACCGUUAAAAUGCACUCCUGUUGAAACAAAGCUUUCCAUUCAUAGCUUUUCCCGAGAGCUAGUGGAUAAAGUCGUGCACUUUCAGGUAUUGAAGAUGUCUGGCAGUUUGUACUUCUGGAUUGGCACCUCUGCGAGCUUGUCGAACCUGUGUGUUGCCAUGCAAACUAAAUACGAGGAUAUGCCAGCAACAUCUUGUUUACUUGGGACUAUUGCGGAUGUAACCUCAAGCACCCUCGCUCAAAAACUAGCUAAAAGGACAAAGAAACAAAUAUUUGUUAGUUACAAUCUUCAAAUGGAUACCUCAUACAUGAGUCUUGUUGAGAAGGCUGUCAUUGAUGAGAUGCAAAAUGUGCCUGACAUGUUCUAGACAAGACAUGCAGUAUCUGCCAUUUUCUAGCAGACUACUGUAUAUAUUUCUGGUAUGUUCUAGACAUUUCUGGUAAGUUCUAGGCAAGACAUAUCUGGCAUGUUCUAGACAGGACAUAUCCGGCAUGUUCUAGAGAUUAUUGUACAUUUCUGCCGUGUUGUUUCUGCCAUGUUCUAGAGAUUAUUGUACAUUUCUGCCAUGUUCUAGAGAUUAUUUUACAUUUCUGGCAUGUUCUAGAUAUUUUUGUACAUUUCCGAAAUGUUCUAGAGAUUAUUUGUACAUUUCUGCCAUGUUCUAGACAGGAGGUAUCAUUCCUCAAUAUAUUGUACAUGUUGUUCAUCUUGGCUCAAUUGUACUGCAGGCUCACAGAAACGAGCUGGAAAUCGAGCUAGGUGUUCAUCCUGUUGUGUUGAAGUCAUGUAGUGUAAUUUUUUCCCUGAUGAGUAAAACUGUUAUUAUAAAGGAAUAAAAUGACUGUAGAAUAUUGA